AUGCAAGAAGUUUCUUCUAGUUAUUCUGAUGAACCUAAAGCUCAGCAAAUCAUUGCUCAACUACUGGUUUCUCCAUCUACAACUCCAAUUUUCUCUUAUCACCAAGAGAUUCUUAGGUAUAAGUCCAGACUGUACAUUGGAACUGCCAACAAUAGGAACAAGCAUGAAAACACCCUACCUGUUGGCCUCUUACAACUUAUACCUAUUCCUAAUCAAGCAUGGCAACACAUCUCCAUGGAUUUCAUUGAAGGCCUACCAAAGAGUGAGCACAAAGAUGUCAUUUUGGUGGUAUUUGAUAGGCUCACAAAGUACAACCACUUCAUUGCACUUCAACACCCUUACACUGCAAUUACUGUGGAUAAAGCAUUCUUACAUAACAUCUUCAAGCUGCAUGGUUUACCCUCAUCCAUCACUUCUGACAGAGACAAAGUCUUCACAAGUAACUUCUGCUUUCCUACUAACAUCACUACUUCUGUGGCUGCUGUUGAGGAGUAUCUUGCACACAGGAAAGCUAUGCUUGACAUUCUUAAAGACUCAUUAUCUGUUGCUCAAGCAAGGAUGAAGUUUUUUGCAGAUCAAAACAGAACUGACAGAUCUUUUAAAGUGGGAGAUUCAGUCUACCUGAAGUUACAGCCAUACAUACAAGUCUCUGUCUCCCUUAGGAAGAACUUCAAGUUGUCAGCUAAGUACUAUGGUCCUUUUACUGUAAUUGCUAAAGUAGGCAACUUAGAUUAUAAACUAAAACUUCUACCAGAGGCCAGAGUGCACCCUGUGUUCCAUGUUUCACAGCUCAAGAAGAAGAUUGGUUUUACUUAUGUACCUUCUCCUACAUUGCCACUGGUUGAUCAUGCAGGCCAAGUCAUCAUCACUCCUAUUUUUGCCCUAAGUUACAGAACCAUUACAAGGGGAGAUCACACUGUUCAACAGGUCCUCAUUCAUUGGUUUGAUGCCAUAGCUGAGGAAGCUACAUGGGAAGAUAUUGCUACUAUCCAAGCUCAUUUUCCAGCUUUUGUCCUUGAGGACAAGGACAAUUUGGAGGGAUAG